CUGGCGUCGCGACAGCCGCUCGGCCGCGGGCCCUGACUUUGAUCCCCGAGUCUGAGCGGCCUCCCGCGCGGAAGCGGCUGCGGCGCGGCACGGAGGGGCCCGUCUUUCGCUCGCCUGACCUCUGGCUUUGGCCGGCCUGGAGGCUUCGUAGUUGGCCGCACCGGCCAUUUCUGUGUGGCGACUGGCCUUGUUCCGAGGUUUUCGGUGGACGUUAGACGACCAAGAGGGGCCCCUUUGAGGGACCGAGGUUCCUGGCCCCGUAGCACUGUCCUCACGUCCCAGAGAUGUGGCAGGUCGGGGAAAGCGCCUCAGGGAGUCAAAAUCCAUUCUGAGGCACGGCAUCUAAGCCAAAAGCUCCUCCUCCUCUUUCUCGAACUUUAGGGCAGAAAUGAGAAACCCUGAAGAAAUGGACACGUGUCAGUCAGUGGUGCGGGGGGUAGCGGAAGUUAUCCGCCCUCGUGGGUUUGGCGGAGAGGCUUGGCCUGUGUGAUCCAAAGCCCUGUGGACACGGGAGGGAGGUGCAGCCGGGGAGGCUCGGGAGGCAUCUCCGGGGAGGGUGUGUGAGGGGCCGAGCGAGAGGGGUUAUCAGCAAGAGCAGAGUAACUUUUUUCCUACAGUCUUGCUGGACCGACUGGUGUGUAUCCUGCAAGGUGAACUUGAUUUUCAUGGCAUUUCUCUUUCCUUAACUGCCUUUCCAGGACUCUGUCCCUCCUGAGGUUCCAGGAGACUUGAAUGAAAAUUCUAUGGAGAAUCUUCAAGACAAAGGACUUAGGGAUCUAUUACAUAGGGGCUUUUCUGCCAGCUAAUUUUAGAAGAUAUGACCAGUACAAUAACAGAGUCGGAAUUAUAUUAUGAAUUCUUCCAGGAGAAAUGUACAGGAAUCCUGAAUUAGAUUUCCCCCCUUAUCAGAAGUAAGGAGAAGCAUCUUCUGUAUUUCCAGAAAUAAGAGCACUGUGGUAACUCUUCAAAGUGAUGAUUACAAAAACAUGGCAAGUGAAGAAUAUUUGCCUUUGAAAGUCCCAAGCCAAAUGGCCACACAGGCCUCCUCAGUGACAUUCUGUGAAAAUGAGUCUCAGGAUCCUCAGAAAAGCAAAAGUCUGUUUGUAACUGAAGAAAGCACUGAGAAAAAAGUCUUGCGGGGAGAAAGUCCUUCCAUGGACCACUGUUCAGAGAACCUUCAAAUUAAACUUAUGUCUGACGUAAUAGACCUGGUCUCACCAUUGGUCAGUGGUGAGACAAAUUGCCAGAAUGGCCAAGUGAAAGACCCUUUGGAUCUCUUUGACUGUAACUAUAAAGACAUUUGUGGUUGGAAAUCACAAGUGGUUGGUCGUAGUCAUCGAGGAGCUCAUACAGAGAAAGCUUAUAACCAUUACAACCUGGGGAAGAGAAGUAACAACAGCUCAGAUGGUCAUCCGUGUGAGAAAAUCCACACUGCAGAGAAAUUACACAGAUGUAGUCACUGUGGUAAGGACUUCAGUGAGCACUCAGAACUACUACUUCAUCAAAGACACCACACAGAAGAAAAGCCCUAUAAAUGUGAGCAGUGUGGGAAGGGCUUUACAAGGAGCUCCAGUCUUCUGAUCCAUAGAGCAGCCCACACAGAUGAGAAACCCUAUAAGUGUGACAAGUGUGGGAAAGGCUUCACAAGGAGUUCAAGUCUGCUCAUUCAUCACGCAGUCCAUACAGGCGAGAAGCCUUAUAAAUGUGACAAGUGUGGAAAGGGCUUUAGUCAGAGCUCCAAACUGCAUAUCCACCAGCGAGUGCACACCGGUGAGAAGCCCUAUGAGUGUGGGGAGUGUGGUAUGAGUUUCAGUCAGCGCUCCAACCUGCACAUCCACCAGCGAGUUCACACUGGGGAGAGGCCCUACAAGUGUGGGGAAUGUGGGAAGGGCUUCAGUCAGAGUUCGAACCUUCACAUUCACCGCUGCAUACACACAGGUGAAAAGCCUUUCCAGUGCUAUGAGUGUGGGAAGGGCUUCAGCCAGAGCUCUGAUCUCCGCAUCCAUCUCAGAGUCCACACUGGAGAGAAGCCCUAUCACUGUGGCAAGUGUGGAAAGGGAUUUAGCCAGAGCUCAAAACUCCUCAUCCACCAGAGAGUGCAUACUGGAGAGAAGCCUUAUGAAUGCAGCAAGUGUGGGAAGGGUUUCAGCCAGAGCUCCAACCUCCACAUCCACCAGCGGGUUCAUAGGAAAGAUCCCAUUAAAUAAGGUCUUCAGUCAUAUGCUUAUACGAUAAGGACUUAAAUAUUAUUUUGACUUAAAUAUUUUUACAUUGUGCUUCCCUUUAUAUUCUCAGGAGAGAGAUAAUAAGAGUUACUCACUUAUGUUCCCUCACUGAAAAUCAUUCAUUCAUUUAAAGUAUUUAAGCUCUUUGUUAGACUAUACAACAAGUUGAUUGUUCUGGUUCCUCAUAUGGGUACAGUGAAAUGUCUGUACUUUGCAGUUCAGCCAAUGUUACUAGAACUAGAUGCCCUACCCAGCCUUUUUAAGUACAAAAACUUUAUAUUUAUGUAAGUGGAACAUGUUUCCCUUUGUUCGUAUUCUCUGAGAAAUUGAAACUCUCUGGUUUCUCUUUCAAUUUUGUACCUUGUGUUUUCAUAUUUCCUUCCAGCCCCGAUUAGCCCUCUCUAGGUCAAGGGAGUGGUUAGAGAUAUUAUGGAUAUGAAAUCUGUUGUGUAUUGCAAAAUAUACAACAGUGUGUGGCACACAAGAAGGUAAAGAGCUACCUAUGUGGUAAACCCCAUAUAUUAUAGGAUGUUGAACCCUCUCCCUCCCCAAGGCAGCUGUUCAGGAACAUCAGUAGUUCUUUUUUCCCUGGAUGUAGCUGGCCUAUUGGAAUUCUUCCAGAUCUCACCACUUCAGAUGACCCCCUGCCAAACUAAAGCCAAAUAGGAUACAUAACCAUGUUGAAAUGUAGCAAAUGAAGUUAAAAUAUAUUUAAAUGUAUAUAAUUCCUCACUAUCUCAUUUCUUUAAUUUUCUUCAGCAUUUGUGUUCUAUAUGAUACAAAACAAGUCAAGAGAGAAAGUUUCUAAUAUUUUUCUCUUUGGGCUUAUCUCUUGUUUUAAUAUUUGAUGUACCCCCAAAACCAUUUGUUUUCACAGCAUCCCCAGCCUUUAUAGGCUUCACUGUAGACAUAGAAUAUAUUUAUAAAAUUA